CAAAGGAUUUGGAGAAAAAGUAUCAGGAUACUGCAGCAGCCGGAGAUGCAGCAACAACACCUGAAAUGCAAGCGAUGGCCAUCGCUGAAGAUGUCUUAGCUCGCUUGCCCGACAAGAUCCUGACAGGGCCUUCCCAUGAGGGGGACAUAAAGCCGUCUGAAAUGACGCCCAUGUCCAUCGUGGUCAUCCAAGAGGCGGCCCGAUACGAUCGACUCGUCAAGGUCGUAAGGUCCAGUUCCAAGGCAGUGAUCGGUGCUGUGCAGGGUGUAAGUGUACUAAAUGACAUAACGGAAGAAGUGUUGACCAGCAUGGUGCGUGGCCGGAUUCCCGCGCUAUGGGCAGGCAAGAGCUAUCCCUCGCUUAAGCCUUUCGCCUCGUACUUUAACGACUUGCUGGAGAGGCUCAAGUUCUUACAGCACUGGCACGAGCACGGCCCUCCGACGGUGUUCUGGCUGUCUGGAUUCUAUUUCCCUCAAGCCUUCCUCACAGCCGCCCAGCAGAGCUUCGCGCGCAAGUACAAAAUACCCAUCGAUCAACUCGCCUUCCACUAUCAAGUGCAAAAAACAUUUGUGCUUGAUGAGCCGCCACCAGAAGGCGUAUACAUUCGCGGUCUGUUCAUGGAAGGUGCAAGAUGGAACAUGGAAACGAUGGCCAUCGACGAGUCCAUACCUAAGAUACUCUACGACGAGUUCCCACCGGUAUGGCUAAUUCCUCUUAAACGCGAAGAAGUACCGACAGACGUGUUCUACAAUUGUCCUCUGUACAAGACUGGGGACAGGCGUGGGGUGUUGUCUACCACGGGACAUUCCACCAACUACAUCCUCUUCAUGCUACUGCCUACACAAAAGGAACCCGACCACUGGAUCAUGAGAGGCGUGGCUCUUCUUACGCAACUACCAUUCUAGAACAUUCAUCGAGGUAUAUGUAGGUAGGAUCAAAAAUUCAUGUAGGUACAGUGAG